AUGGCAGCAAUCUUUAGGAAAGUCCAACUCAGUUAUGAUGGGUGUAGUCUCUGAAGAAACUAAGGAAGACAUUGUUCAUUUCCACAAUAUGAUCAGGAGGAAAGUAUUCCCAGAAGCCAGCAAUAUGCUGAAAAUGAAAUGGAAUCAGAAAGCUAGUGAGAAUGCUAAAAAAUGGGUUGCAACUUGUGAAGAAAGAAUAAGUGACAUCAGCAUUAGAACAGUGAAUGGAGCCUACUGUGGUGAGAAUUUUUUAAAAUCAAGAACUGCCCUCGCGUGGUAUGAUGUAAUCAGCACAUGGGGAGAAGGAAAGAUUUAUUUCAAGUAUGGUUUGGGGCCAACCAAGCAUUACAAUUAUAGUGAUCCCUAUACUCAGAUUAUUUGGUAUAAAUCAUACCUGGUUGGAUGUGCACUUUCCUACUGCCGAAAGUAUGCUAUUCCUUUCUUUUAUGUCUGCCAAUAUUGCCCUGUGGGAACUAUAGCACAUCAAUUGAGAAGACCUUACAAAAAAGGAAAGCCAUGUGCAGACUGCCCUAUGCACUGUGAGGACAAACUCUGCACCAACCCAUGUAAGUAUACGGAUCAUCUAGAAGGCUGUGCUAUACUGAAAAACAUGUCCAGCUGUGAAGAAGAACUAUUGAUAGAAGAGUGCAAUGCCACGUGUAAAUGUACAACGGAGAUCAAGUAAUACACAUGAACCGUGCAAAAAUCAAUCUUGAGAAGACUGUUCUUUACUGAAGAAGGUGGAAAUUCAGCAUCAAAAUGAAUCUUCCAUUUCCCCCCUCUGACUGUUCAAGUAUGGCAUUGAAAAUCGUUGGCCUAAAAGCAUUUCCAAGGGUUGUUUGCAAA